ACUGCUGCAGCGCAAGUGCUUCAAGUUUUAAGAUUUGCUAAUGUUCCUGGUGAUUCUAGUCCUGAAUCUUUGGAUUCAUCAAACACGUCUUCACCAUCACGUACACAUAUUGUUGAUAAGCUUACUGAGAAUUCAUCGAUCGUUACCUUAGAUAACAAUCAAACUUCAUAUGAUCCUGGUCUAAAUCAUACAUAUUUUGAUCCAGACUGGGGAACAAUAGUUCAACUUGACACGGAUACGUCAACGACCGGAACACAUGAAGGAAUUUCCAUUGAUUGGAGUGGUGUCGUUAACACAACUUUACUCCCUAUUGCUUUUCCAAACAACAAAGGAAAUCCUGAAGAAAAUCCAUCACCCUCACCAAAAUCGUUAACAAAUAAGCAUUCUGGAGAUGAUAGUAUUGAAAGUUUUAUUACUAAGGAUACCAAUGAAAAAAUAGAAGCUUUGAAUGAGGCAGAAAUAUCUGCUGAUCUUCUUAUCACUGCGAUGGAUGAGAAUCCCGAAUUUUUCUAUCAUUCAACAUCUAAUGAUUACUCUGAAGUAUCUUAUACAGCUGGAUCCGAAGCUUUUUUUAUUUCCGAUGAAACUGCAAAUAUUUCGACACGUUCAACAAAAGUAGAAGAUACAAAUGAAACUAAUACACAUCAAAUUAAGCGACGAAGAACAUCAAUUUCUGACAAAAGUUUAUGUCGAAAUUCUCCAAGUUUAAAUAUGGAUGGCAAAACUUCUCAACUUGGAUAUGCGUGUUUAUACCCACAUUGUAAUAAAUCGUUUGCUCGUCUAUACAAUUUAAAGUCACAUCAGCGGACGCAUUCGACUGAUCGACCGUUUAAAUGUUCAUCUUGUGAAACUGCAUUUGCAAGAAACCAUGAUCUUAAACGACAUCAAAAAAUUCACGAGAAUACCAAACCUUAUAAAUGUCUUGGUUGUAAAAAGUUAUUUUCGAGAUUGGAUGCUCUAAAACGUCAUAAACAAAACCCAAAGAGUCGUGAAUUGUGUCACGAGACUGAGGUGGCAACUGCAUGA